AUGCGCAGUGCUUCUGUAAAACAUCCGGCCUGUCUGGAAGCUUGCAAUUUCCAACAGUUUUACAAGAGCGUCUACUGCGCAGAACUGAGAUCUGGAUUGACAGUUUGCAACUGUUUUAAAAAAAUGGCGGAUUUCUUAAAGGAAUUGCCAUCCUAUGAUGAGAAUAAUUUCACAAGAUUUAAUGCUGAAUCAGGCUUAAAAUCUAAUGUUAAAAAGCCAUCAGUUUACAUUUGUACCAAAGACCACCCAUCUGAACAAGUAAUAACAACAGAGAAAACAAAUAUAUUAUUACGAUAUUUACACCAACAAUGGGAUAGAAAAAAUGUUACAAAGCGGGAUUCAGCCAAAGCCAACCUGGAAGGAAGCGAGGGAGCAUCUCCGGUGAAAAUGGCGAGAUUAUCACACGACGACUCGACAUAGCUAACAUAUAAUAACUUAUAGUCAAUUCUUUGUUUUAGAAAAUUAUGUGAAUACAUGCAUUUCCGUUAAGUGUUUUAGGUUAUUAAGGUAGAAUUGAAAUGGGCGGCAUGAUAUUCAUUGUAGUUUAACCUCUGUUACUUGCACACUUGCGGAGGUCUUUCUUUUACUCGAAUGGCGGGUAUAUUUCUUUAUGUUGAUUUUAUCGUCGGAACAAUAUUGAGUAUUAAUAACUCCCUCGUCAAAUUUAGCCAACAACCCCUGUAUUGUAUGUCAAGAAACUGCGGUGCUAUGCAGAGGUUACAAUGUAUAUACAAUCUGUGAUUUAUAUAUAUUUCCAAUGAAAUAUUGUGUAUUUCCUCGUUGCUAUGGUGACGUUAUUAGUUAUUCUUUGUCAGUGAUAUACUUUAGUCAUUGUCAGUUUUAUUUUUCAAGCUGUAUUUAGCUAAUUUUUCACUAUUUAAAACUCAAUGGCUCUGAUUAAGUGCUCGCUAGGUUAUGUAAUAAUAUAUUAAUGUGUAUAAUAUUACAUUCAUGUGUGUAAUAAUAUAUU